GAAUGCGAUUCGCAAGGCCACCUUUUCGCUUCAAAGGCCGGCCAUUGUUGUCUUUGGAGCAGACGUGGAUUGUUUGCUCCAUAUCGUUUCUCCCAGCGCUGCUUUUCUGUGCAGCAGUCAUUCUCUACUUGAUUUCCUCAAUCUUCAAGUUUUGAAACGGCGUGACCUCCUUUUUAACCAGUGCAGUUGCCACAGACGGUGCCUGGCUCACAGAGUUACAACCUGCGACACGAUUUCAGUCUCGACUCUGACUUGGGCCCGGCGAGCCGCUCGGGAAAGACACAAGCACAAAGGAACACACUCUGACACUGAGCAAUCUGGCUAUUGGCUGAACGACCCGUACAUGGUUAACCUUCUCUUUUCGACCUGCCACCGUCACAAGGACUCUCCCACAGCGGGCGUACGAAGGACUCGAGCCCUUGAACCUCCAACAUCAUGAAGAUCUGGUCAGGUGCGGCGCUCCUUGGCCUCGCCGCCUUCGCGACAGCCUCCCACGUCCUCCCGCGAAAUUGGGAGGCGAACGACUACUACGUGCUCCAUCUCGACGCAGACACAUCACCCCACGAAGUAGCCAAGAGCCUGGGGCUGUCCCACGAGGGGCCCCUUGGAGAGCUCAAGGAUCACCACAUCUUUACCGGAAAGCGGGCCGAACACGAUGUUGUCAAGCGGGAAUUGGCAAACCGGCGAAGGAAGCGAUCACUCGGCGAGAGACAUGCUCUGGACGGUGUGCUCUUUUCCGAGAAACAGGUGCUCCGGAAGCCAUGGGAGAAGCGCAUCAUUCCAGAACCACGCGUCCCGAUACAGUUGGGCGGCGGGACAAGGGCCACGAAUCAAGCAGUGCCAUCGGCCGUCCAGGCGCAGAAAGAGAUCGCCCGCCAGCUGCAAAUCUCGGACCCCAUUUUCCACGAACAAUGGCAUCUCUUCAACACGGUAGAGCUUGGCCACGACGUGAACGUCACGGGCGUUUGGCUGCAGGGUGUCACGGGCCAGAACACGACGGUCGCCAUUGUCGAUGACGGUUUGGAUAUGUACAGCGAUGACCUCCGAGCGAAUUACUACGCCGCGGGCUCCUACGACUUCAACGACAAAACUGACGAGCCGAGGCCUCGCCUGUCAGACGACAAGCACGGCACCCGAUGCGCCGGCGAGGUAUCGGCCGUCAAGAACAAUGUUUGCGGUGUUGGCGUGGCAUACGACUCCAAGAUUGCCGGCCUGCGCAUUCUGUCCAAGCUGAUCAGUGAUGCUGAUGAAGCCGUGGCUAUGAACUACGACUUCAACCAUAACCUGAUAUAUUCUUGCUCCUGGGGGCCGCCCGAUGACGGAAAGAGCAUGGACGCGCCUGGUAUCCUCAUUCGGCGUGCCAUGUUGAACGCCGUGCAGAACGGCCGCAACGGCCUGGGCUCCAUCUACGUCUUCGCCAGCGGUAACGGCGCGCAAAAUGACGACAACUGCAAUUUUGACGGCUACACCAACAGCAUCUACAGCAUCACGGUUGGUGCCAUCGACCGGAUGGGCAAGCACCCGUACUACUCGGAAAAGUGUUCGGCUGGGCUGGUUGUCACGUACUCGAGCGGCAGCGGUGACGCCAUCCACACCACCGACGUGGGCCAGAACUCGUGCUCCAGCAGCCAUGGGGGAACCUCGGCUGCCGCGCCCCUUGCGGCCGGCAUUUUUGCCCUGGUCCUGCAGGUGCGACCGGACUUGACUUGGCGAGACAUGCAGUAUCUUGCCAUGGACACUGCCCUCCCCAUCAACCUUGAGUCGGGCGACUGGCAGGACACCACCAUUGGCAAGAAGUUCAGCCAUACCUACGGAUACGGCAAGCUGGAUAGCUACGCCAUUGUCGAGGCCGCCAGGACGUGGAAGAAGGUGAAGCCCCAGGCGUGGUUCUACUCCCCUUGGAUCCACGUCAACCAAGACAUCCCUCAGGGCGACCACGGCGUUGCUGUUGGCUUUGAGGUCACCGAGGACAUGCUCAAGGAGGCCAAUUUGGAACGAGUCGAGCACAUCACCGUCACCAUGAACAUUGAGCAUGGACGGCGUGGCGAUCUCAGUGUCGACCUGAUCAGCCCAAACAAAAUUGUCAGCCAUCUGUCUGUCACGCGCAAAUACGACGAGUCCACCGAGGGCUACGACGACUGGACCUUCAUGAGCGUCGCUCACUGGGGCGAAUCCGGCGUCGGCACCUGGACCAUCAUCGUCAAAGACACCAACGUCAACCGCUUCAACGGCAAAUUUGUCGACUGGCACCUCAAGCUUUGGGGCGAGGCGCGCGACGCGUCCCAGGCCAAGGUCCUGCCCAUGCCGACCGAAGAAGACGACAAUGACCACGCCCUAAUCGCCACCACCUCCCUCCCGGCCACCCUCACCACCAUUACCCCGAUCCCAUCCAACGACGCACCGCCCGCCGACAGUGACGACGUCGUGCCAACCGACCAACCCAACCGCCCCGUCAACGCAAAACCGACCCCCACCACCACCCCUCCGUCGGACGACGACGAACAAACAGCAACAACAACCGCCCCUGCCGCAGCAGCCGGAUCGUCCUCCACCUCAAACGGCACAAAGACUUGGCUGCCCUCCUUCCUGCCCACCUUUGGUGUCAGCGCGGCCACCCAGGUCUGGAUCUACGGCUCUCUUGUCCUCAUCGUGCUCUUUUGCUCCGGGCUGGGUGUCUACCUGUACCUAGCCCGGCGAAGGCGCCUGCGGAAUAACCCGAGGAAUGACUACGAGUUUGAGCUGCUCGACGACGACGCCGACGACGACGAGGCGGAGGGGUUGGCGGCCUCGCAUGCCGAGAAGGGUGGCGCUGCUGGUGUCGGGGCUGGGACCCGGAGUGGUGAUGAGGUGGAGGAGGAGGAGGAGGAGGAUAGUGAUGAUUAUGCUGAUGUUGGUGCGGCGGCUGCUGUGAGACAGUACCGGGAUCGGGAUGGCUCGUCGGAGUCGGAGGGGAGUGGGUCGCCGAUCAGGAUGAGUGAGAAGGUGUCGGGGCAGCGGAGGAGGGGGGACAGUGAUGAUUCCGAGGGGCAUCAUGUUGUUGGGGAUGAUGAGGACGAGGAGGAGGAGGGUGGGGAGGCGAGACCGUUGCAGGGUGGGAAUCGUUAG